AUGCCUCAACAAGUUCGUGCUCAUCGUUUUGAGGGUGAGGUGGCCAUCGUGACGGCGGCUACGUUGGGCAUUGGGUACGCUAUCGCCGAACGUCUCGGACUUGAGGGCGCCUCCGUGGUCAUCUGCAGCCGGAAGAAGCAGAACGUCGAGGAAGCCGUCGCAUCCCUAAAAAAAGCUGGAGUGAAGAAUGUGGUUGGAAUCGAGUGUCAGAUAUCGAAUGGGGAUGAUCAGAAGAGAUUGGUCGAUUUUACCCUCGAAAAGUUCGGCAAAAUCACGAUCCUCGUCAACAACCACGGCAUCAACCCAGCUUUCGGAGAUAUGAUGGAUCUAGAGGACAGGACGUGGGAUAAGCUGUUUGAGACAAACGUCAAAUCGGGUUGGCAGCUGACGAAACUGGUUGUACCGCAUAUGCAGAAACACGGAUCCGGCAACAUCCUCUUCAACGCCUCAAUCGGAGGCUAUGUCCCCCCAGCGAUGAUUGCCACGUAUGCUGUAACAAAAACGGCAGUCCUCGGAUUGACAAAAGCACUGGCUAAAGAACUGUCAAAGUACCGUAUCCGCGUCAACGCCAUCGCUCCCGGCGUUAUUAAAACGAAGAUGAGCAAGGCGCUGUGGGAAUCGGGCGAACAGGGGCUGGCGGAGGCGCAGGAGAUUUCGAUGGGUCGCCUUGGUGUGCCAGAGGAUUGUGCCGGAGCUGUGGCCUUUCUGGUGUCAGAAGAUGCCGCCUACAUCACAGGGGAGACGAUUGUGAUUGCGGGUGGAGUGCAUGCGAGGCUA